AGAAGAAGGAAACAAAAGUAUAGAAAGAAAGAAAAAAAUCUGAAAAAAAUCAGAAAGAGAGAAAGAGGAAAAAGAAAAGUCUUUCUCUUUUUUUUUCUUCUUCUCCCAGAUUCUCUCUCUCCUCCUGCGAUCGUAUUUUCUCUCACUUUCAUUGGUUUUCUCGGCGGCUCCAUCUCCUCUUUUUUUUUUCUCAGAAUCGUUCGGUUCCAUCUUUCUUGGGAUAAAUCUUCCUCCUCUCUGCAGACGCCAUGUCGGACAAAGGUCGUCCCUUGCCGAAGUUUGGAGAAUGGGAUGUGAACGAUCCAGCAUCAGCUGAAGGCUUCACAGUGAUAUUCAACAAAGCUAGGGAUGAGAAAAAGACAGGUGGCAAACCCGGAUCACCCGGUAAAUCCACUGAAGGUCAUGCUAAGUCCGGAGGAGGAGGAGGAGGAGGAGAUCCUAGUAAACCUCAGCCUAAAAAAUGGCUCUGCUGCAUGCAAUCUCCUGCUGUGGACUCUUGAUUGGCACAAAGAUGGAUUUGUUUGCUGCGCGUAAAAAAAGAGAGUCACGUUGCUUAGACAUAUAAAGCAAUGUUCUUUUUUAUGUUUUAUUGUCUUUCUUGAAGUACCCACAACAACAACAACAAAAAAAGUUUCUAAGAUGAGUUUGGAGCCACCCCUUUAGUAUCACGAUUAUGAUUCCUUCUUCUUCUUCUUUGAAGUUGUUUGUUCUUCUAUAUAAAAUGUUGUAAAAUCGUGUUGUCACUUUUAUUGGAAAACCAGAAAGGAAAAGAAAAGAAAACAUAGUAAAAUUGUGUAUGUAAUGA